AUGCUGCCCACGGCGAGACUCCUACAGAGCAGCCGGUCCAAGGCGAUCGGCUUCAUUGGCCUCGGCGCGAUGGGGCGCGAGAUGGCGUCAAACGUGCUCCAGAAGACGUUUCAGGCAAACAGCGACAAGGACCUGACGUUUGUUGUCCACGAUUCGUUCGACCUGUCCACAACGCGCUUCCUGACAGCCAAUACGAGCCUGUUCCCUGGGCGAAACAUUGUGCCGGCCACGUCGCCUGCAGGGGUCGCUAGCCUGGCCUCGACUAUUAUCACUGUCGUGCCCUCGUCGCCCCAGGUCAAGGAGGUGUACCUCGCCGAGAAUGGCAUCCUGCAGGGGCUCCGGGGGCUCGGCGAUCCUAAGGAACCCUCCAAUUCGACGCUGUGCAUCGACUGCACCACACUGGACCCACUCGUCGCCGUCCAGACUGCCGACGAGAUCAAGCAGGCCGGGGGCGGCGGCCAGGGCCAGGAUCAGGGCGCAUUCGACAUGAUUGACUCGCCCAUGAGCGGCGGCGUCGUCGGUGCGCGAGCCGGCACGCUCUCCUUUAUGGUCGGCUCCAACUCCCACCAAUCGUUUGCCCACGCAGAGCCGACACUGCUCAAGAUGGGAUCGCGGGCGAUUCACUGCGGCAAGAAUGGAAACGGCCUCAUUGCAAAGAUUGCCAACAACCUGCUCCUGGGAAUCUCGAUGCUUGCCACGAGCGAGGCGAUGCUGCUUGGGACCGUGCACGGUCUGAGCCCCCAGAUCCUUGCCCACAUCAUCAACACGAGCACCGGCAAGUGCUGGUCAAGCGAGGUGAACAAUCCGGCUCCUGGCGCACUGCGUGGCACCGACAAGAGCCCGCCGGCCGAGCGCGACUAUGACGGAGGCUUCGCUGCCAAGCUCCAAGCAAAAGACCUGGGUCUGGCUCUGAAUGCCGCUCAGCAGCGAGGCGUGCCGACACCCCUGGGCCAUCUGGCGACCAAUAUCUACAAGGCGCUCGGCGAGAAUCCAGAGUACAUGGACAAAGACUUUUCCGUCGCCUUCAAGGCCCUGUCGACUGCCGUAGGCAAGAUUCCCACGAGCGACGAGCCACAUGCCGAAUGA